GCCCGCCACUGCCCCCCAUCGCUGAGGGAAGCGAGUAGAGGCCACACCACGGAGAAAACGUUGGAGUGGCCACCGGAGUUUAGUCCACUGCCCAGCAGCUGCCGCCGGAGAGGCCCACCCACCCAUUCACCCGUCCCCCUGCCCCGUUCACGAUGCAGCCUGUUUCUGCAAAGUGGUACGAUCGAAGGGACUAUGUCUUCAUUGAAUUUUGUGUUGAAGACAGUAAAGAUGUUAAUGUAAAUUUUGAAAAAUCCAAACUUACGUUCAGUUCUCUUGGAGGAAGUGAUAAUUUUAAACAUUUAAAUGAAAUUUAUCUUUUUCACUGUAUUGAUCCAAAUGAUUCCAAGCAUAAAAGAACAGACAGAUCAAUUUUAUGUUGUUUACAAAAAGGAGAAUCUGGCCAGUCAUGGCCAAGAUUAACAAAAGAAAGGGCAAAGCUUAAUUGGCUUAGUGUGAACUUCAAUAAUUGGAAAGACUGGGAAGAUGAUUUAGAUGAAGACAUGUCUAAUUUUGAUCGUUUCUCUGAGAUGAUGAACAACAUGGGUGGUGAUGAGGAUGUAGAUUUACUGGAAGUAGAUGGAGCAGAUAAUGAUUCACAAGACAGUGAUGAUGAAAAAAUGCCAGAUCUGGAAUAAGGAAUGUUGUCGUCCCUGGAUUUUGAGUAAGAAAAAUAACUUCUCUGCAAGAUUUCAUAAUUGAGAGAAUUCCUGAGUUGAUAGCUCUAAAGGCAGAUGCUGCAUUUGCCUCCUUUAACCCAUUUUUCAACCUGUUUGUUUUCUUAAAGGCUUCACUAAGGGUUGAUAUGUACCAUUGUAUGGGGCAAUUUUAAGUCAGCUAAGGCAAUAACCUUAUGCAUGAACAUUUCCCAGACUUCCAUGAUGCUGUUGAAGUCCUAGACAAUUGAUACAGCAGUUGUGAUAAAUAAAAACAUUUCACCU